GACAAAUGAAAUUGAAAAUUCCUAGACUCGUGUAGAAGUAGAACCACGAACAGAGAAGGCACGAUUCUAGACGACGAGCUGAAGAAGAGACGCAGCGGAUCUUGAAGCUUUUCACAGAUUCUACCAUUCUUCAAUUUUCUUAUCUCCAAUUUCUUGUUGUGAAUCUUGAAAGCAUAAACAUGGACUAUUGGAACCCCGAAAGUAUGCUCACCUUCAAAGAAGAAUACUGCUAUGGCGAAGCCUUCUUGUGCUACACCUCAACCGGGACCAAGUAUUUGUUGAAGAAACAUAAGAUAACUGAUGAUGAUGAAUUGGCUUUGAUUCAAAAAUGGAAGGAUCUGGGGCAUGAAAAUUUAGUAAGGAUCCUAGAUAUGAAGCUAGAUGGAAAUAAUAUGGCUCUUUUUGCUUUUGAAUAUCACGAUGUGCAUCUUGACAAAAUGCGUAGUUUAAGCAAAAGUAUGAUAAAGGAUUUUCUGUUCCAGAUUAUUAGCGGGUUGCAAUAUUACCAUUCACAUGGGCUGGUGCAUAAGGAUCUGCGCCCGCAGAAUAUUUUGGUGUAUGCUGAUCUUAGAAGUGUGAAGAUAGCCAAUUAUAGGUUAGCCAUACUGACAGGACCCCUAAAGGGCAAUAAGGAGCGGGAUGGCUCUUACAGGGCACCAGAAAUUUUAUACGCCUAUCCAGGAGCUCAUAAUCAUCCUGCAGUGGAUAUGUGGGCUGUGGGUUGUCUAUUUGCAGAGAUGGUUAAACAGAAACCUAUUUUUCGUGGUGCAAACAUUGUUGAGCGUGUUGAUUCCAUCCACAGGCUGUUGGGUUCUCCGGAGGAUAAUCUAGUGCUUCAUUCCACUCUCUGUGACUUUCUGCAAAGGCUUUCCGUGCAUUCUCCCAAGAGUUUGGCAGCUGAGUUCCCAGAUCUAGAGGCUACUGGUGUUGAUCUCCUCACUGUAUGGGUGGAUUUUGGAACUAUCUUUAUAUAUAAACUGCUAUGCCUGGACCCAAAGAAGCGGAUAACGUCUGCAGAUGCAUUGAAGCAUCCCUAUUUUGCAAAUGUUGGUUGUUAACGUUUCACAAAUUACUAUACAUCGCCUUGCUGAGCUCAUGACGAUUUCUGUUUUCACUUGUAUUAGAUAGAUAGGCUAAUUUUGAACAGCAUUUAGAUUUGCAUAAACUUUGACAUGGAUAGCAGCAGUGGAUGUCCAUCUUUUAGUUUGACUUUGUCAGAAAUGUUGACUUAAAAUACCACAUUGGUUGGCUGAGUGGUUGAUAUGGGUAAACCCACCUCCUUACAUGUAAA